GCAGACCUACAAACACGUGAGCGCGCAAGAGUGCAGCGGAGCGCGUAGCGGCUCCUGAGAUAAAACGCUUGCCUAUUCGGGAUAAGCGUUGACACUUCUGUCGAGCAGAGUACAAUGCGGCGGUCUGAGAAGUCGAGGGAUUCAUUUUUAUAAGGUCUAGCCUUUCGCGUCUGACGGGAAAUCGGCUGAGCAACGUGCAUUGAGUGUCGUACCUUUGAGGGGAAAAAAUAACAUCCAUGAGGACUGCGGGAAUGGACGUGUUCAAGCAACAAAAAGUGGAAGAUUUCUAUGAAAUCGGCAAAGAACUGGGGAGCGGACAGUUCGCCAUCGUGAAGCGGUGCCGCGAGAAGAGCACGGGACUGGACUACGCCGCCAAGUUCAUCAAGAAGCGGCAGAGCCGGGCCAGCCGGCGCGGGGUGUGCCGGGACGAGAUCCAGCGCGAGGUGGAGAUCCUGCGGCUACCCCCUCACAGCGACACCUCAACAGCGGGUCAUGUACACCGCAAUACUCAUGUGUGUUUGUGCUGCAGGGUCUCUGGCGGUGAGCUGUUUGACUUCCUGGCGCAGAAGGAAUCUCUGUGCGAGGAGGAGGCCACGCAGUUCAUUAAGCAGAUCCUGGAGGGGGUCCACUACCUGCACGCCCGGAAAAUAGCGCACUUCGACCUGAAGCCAGAGAAUAUCAUGCUUCUGGAUAAGAACCAUUCCUUGCCAAGGAUCAAGAUCAUCGAUUUUGGCCUGGCUCACCGAAUCCAGGAAGGAACAGAGUUCAAAAACAUUUUUGGAACUCCUGAAUUUGUCGCUCCAGAGAUAGUUAACUAUGAGCCCCUGGGACUAGAAGCAGACAUGUGGAGCAUAGGAGUCAUCACCUAUAUUCUGCUGAGUGGCGCUUCGCCCUUCCUGGGAGACUCCAAACAGGAAACCCUGGCGAACAUCUCGGGCAUGAAUUACGAGUUUGACGAGGAGUUCUUCGGUCACACCAGCGAGCUGGCCAAGAGCUUCAUCAGACAGCUGCUGGAGAAGAACACCAGGAAGAGACUGACCAUUCAGGGUGCUCUCAACCACCCAUGGAUUACGCCCGUGGACCCAAGACAAGCUCUGGUUCGCCGGCUAUCUGUCAUCAACCUGGAGAACUUCAGGAGGCAGUACGUCAGACGCAGAUGGAAGCUGUCCUUCAGAAUUGUUGCCCUGUGCAACCACUUGACUCGCAUGAUGAAGAAAGACCUCCGCAAGCAGGAGGAUGAGCUGAGGGACUGCGAGAGCGACCAGGAGGAGGAGGCCCUGAAGAUGAGACCACGUAGCAGGACGAGGAGCAUGUCUUCCUGAAUCCAGCACCUCCCCCCGCCUCGUCCAUGAUUCCAACUCUGACGAACACACAAAAAUAUUAAAGGGACACAAAUGACCCUGUCUGAGCCAUGUAGAAUGCACACAUUCCCUCAGGAGUUUCCCGCAUGGGAGGACCCAAACAUGCUGUGCCCAAUUGCCACAUGGCCUUACACGUUUAGAACACCUGAACACCAUCCUGUUUUUACCUAAACACAAACGCAAACCAUUCCAACUUCAGCAAAGAAGUCAAGACUUAGUGCCUGCAAAACACCACUCUGGGGUAAUGCACAUGUAUCAUCAUAUAAGCUUAAAAUAGCAAGCGUGAUUCUACAGGUUAUGAAUUAGCUUUUAAAGCGUAUGUCUGUUGAAUGUAUUUUACAGUGGUCAUAGUCAACGAGUGUUUUUUUAGACAGUCUGACAAUGGCCUUUAUUAAUGUCUUAAUUGUAACUGUUAAUAUGCUAAGCUAUAUUGUAAAUAGGGGAAACAGAAUUCAUUACUUUAACUGAAAUGUUUUUAAAUAAGUGCCUUAGUAACCAGAGUACUUUAAAAUUUAACGAAAUGAUCUGUUGGAGAAGCAGGAGAUUCAGUUUAGAUGUUGAAACACAGCAAUGUUUUUAUUUCAAUGCAGUUGCUUUGACUAUGGUUAUUUUUCAAAUGAACACUGCCUGUGAAUAAUUUCUGCUCCUGAGCAAAGGCAGCUCUGAGUUAGUCUUAUUAAUAAAGACCAAUUGGAAAAUAUGCAUCAUUCCAAACAGCCAAUGUCAAAUAUAAACACAGCUCUCAAAUUGCUGCAGAAAUUUUGAUUAAUUUGAAAUAAUGGCAUGGUGUUCAUUUGAAGUGCUACAGCACGUGGAGUGUGUGGAGUAUGUUCCAGUUUUCAGGAGUGACCAGUGUUUCGGAAUCAGAAACAGGUUGCCUGGGAUGACCUGCUGGUGUAGAUUUGAUAGAGCUCUGCAUUAGGAGCCAAACACAGGCGUCUUACCUGAGAAGGCUAAUGCAUGACUGAUGACGUACGUUUACAUGAGUGGGCAGAGAAACAGGAGGAAGCUGGGGAAAAGUGAAUUUCGUCCAUGUGGGUGAAUGAAAUUGCUCUGGUGCCUGUGCUGUUUGUUCGUAAAUCAGUGGAAGCAUUUGGACCAGAAAUGGUGUAGCGCUAGAAAACAAGAAGAGAGCUAAGGAUGAACUGCUUACCGAGGUAAAAACUGUUCCAGCCAUAUUUAAAAAUGUACACUGUUGGGGUUCUUGCCUAUUGGUGUGGUCAUGUACCCCUGGAUUCUUGAAUUGAAUCCUGACCAUGCCAGUUGCAACAAUGGUCAGGCACCCAUGGGAAACAUGUACUUGGCUAUUUCCCUGCCUCAUCACACAAUUGCAAAUCCUGCCUGCACAAGCUCUGCAAGAUGUUCAGUGUUCUGGCACAAUGACUACACAGCUAAGCUGGUGGACAGUGGAUGUUACACUGAUGUAACCGAAUUGCAUUUUCAAAUGCAAAUUGAAAAAACUGGCAUAGGAAGGUGAUAUGUGUUAUUAACUAUGCAGAAAUAUUUUUGAUAAAUUCUGCUCAAAUGGUUUGUCUGUUUUUCUUUUAAUGGAACGGUUGAGUCUCCAAAGUCUGAACACAAGGAAGUGCUUGUGUGGUAAACAUGGUCUGGCUUCCUUUUCUGGUUAGACCACAUCCUGUAUGUGUCACCUUUCCUUUCACCAAUCACACAGCUUGAUUGUGAGUCAUGAGGACCCGAGGCACAGAUUCCACCCAGUCAAGUCUUGUGACUGUCCUCUGCUCAACGAGUUUGGCUGUCCAAUCACGAUUCAAGGGGUCUUGUUGACCUGAUUACUCUAACAACCUGUUAAAAGGCACAUACAGUUCUCUUCCUGCAUGCUCUUGGCUUGGUUGGAUGAAACAUCAGUUUCAUCAGUUGAAGUGAGUGUGGUGGUUGGGGUGGGGUGAUGAUUCAGCUAAAUGGUUUAUGAAAUUUUGGACAUUGUGGUGGAGAGCCAGAUACCUCUGCAGACAUCCCUGCUGUCCAAGGAACAGGGUGUCUGCCAUGACCUCCAAUCUCACAGUUCCUUUCCUAAAUUAAUCCUCGUUCUCCCAACUCAAUUCAGCCUCACAUCUCCACUGUGCCUCACGUGUAUUUUUGUGGAAGACUACAAGCUGGUGUGGUCUGGUUUAGCUGCACUGAUCCCCAGAGCAGGAGCAGACUGGACUGAUCCUGGGGAUUUGGAGGAGAGCACUAUUACUAUCUAUUACAUUGUGAAACAUGUUCUUGUUCUUAUUCUUAUUAACAAUAAUAAACCAUCUACAGUACAUCAUCCCUUUAAACUCAUUAAAUUGAAGCAGGUGAUCUGUUGCUGAAAGUAUGUGCCGCAUAAACAAUUAUGGCUCUGAAACACAUGCUGUAACUUAACAUAUCUUUUAUCUAAUCCUCAAAAAUAAUUUAAUUGUGAUCUGUCAGCACCAAAAUCUGAAACGUCUCUCCAAAUGUGCAUCUUCAUGGAAUGCAAAUAUAGAGCUUAAUGAGCUGAAUAUGUGCAGUGCUCCUUUAAUUGACAUCCCUGUACAAUUGUUACUUAUAACAUGAAAUGUGUGCAUUAACCUUACUAAAGUUUUCAGGAUUUCCCAAAAAGAGUUGGCUAUGACAUUAUGGAAUUUUUGCACUGAGUUCCAAAUGAAAAUAAUGCAUUAAUGAACUGUGAAAAAAACAGUGUUGAAUGAGGGGGUCUUCAUGUAUGUAUUUCUAUUUUCUUGAUGUCUUCAUCUGUCAAUGUUUAACCAAUGUGCCUGAACACUUUUGUUAUGCCAGUGUUGUUGUGCUUAUAUUAGUGAAGAGUCUAAAAUCUGAUGUCAUCUGAAGAAUUAACAAGCAUACCAGUUUGAAUGACAAUUACCAAUCUGCCCCUGAUUCCCUUUGUACAUGGUUGCAUGUUUUCUAGUUAUGGUGCUACCUUAAAUGCCUUAGUGCAUAUCAUGUAAUCAUGUAAAGAAUGUUGGUGUACAUAUUGUUCUGAUUGCAUAUAUUUAAGGUAGCCCAAUCCCAUUGUUGAAUUUAAUGUGAAGUAAACAAAGGAAAGGUGUGAACGAGUGGAAAUGCAGAUUGAGAAUUGUUUAAAAUUACACACUUGUUAAUCCUACAAAAUCAUGACAAAUUAGCUCCAAGCCAAACAAAGUAUAAAGAGGGUUUGAGCUUCCCAUAAGCUGACUCCACUGGUUUAUAUAGUUUACAGUCUUUGUCUUCAUCUUAAAGCCAGUCCCCCUUAACCCUGUGCCUGGGGGAAAGGUUAUUCUGUGCCAUUCUUUGUAUACAGGGUGUGUGUUUGCUCUGCUCUCACUUGCUGUGCCUAACAGGAACAGAGGGCUGUCUCUGUUUUUUGUUUGUAUUUUUCUCAAUUUUCUAAUUAAUUUACAAGAAUGAAUCAAUACAGAUAUUUAUGAAUACCCUUCA